AUGCCACAAUCCUCAGUCAUAAAUGAAUACACCUUACCUGAUGUCGUUGAGAAUAAAAGCUCUCGUGCCAGCAAAAUGACAGUAAGGGAAUAUAAAAGAAUUGGUGAAGGAGCAUUCGGUACUGUUGUCGAAGCAAUGUUGAAGUAUCAUGAUCCACCAAAGGAUAAUGAUGAUAAAGCCAAUGGAAAUAAUGCUCGUAACAACCAAGAAUGGUUGGGUCCAUUUGCAAUUAAAAGAGUUCCAGCUCAAACCGAGUAUAAAUCACGAGAAUUGGAAAUUUUACGAUUCGUGAAUCAUCCAAAUAUUGUCAGUUUACGAUUCUUCUUUGAUAAAACCUCAUCUACUGACAAUAAAGUUUAUCAAAACUUGGUCAUGGAAUGCUUACCUUCAAAUUUACAAUCCGAAAUAAAAUACUACCGUCAAUCAAAAUACACCAUACCUUAUCCUCACAUGAAGGCUUAUACUUUCCAAUUGGCUAGAGCUAUGCUCUAUUUGCAUGGGUAUGGAAUUAGUCACCGAGAUAUUAAGCCUUCAAAUAUACUUGUUGAUCCAAAUACCGUUAGGUUGAAGAUUUGUGAUUUCGGAUCCGCCAAAAAAUUAGAGCCAAAUCAACCAUCAGUCAGUUAUAUAUGUUCAAGAUAUUAUAGAGCACCUGAAUUGAUUGUCGGAUGCUCUUUGUACACCACAAAGAUUGAUAUAUGGGGAUUAGGUUGUGUCAUUGCUGAGAUGUUUUUGGGUAAACCCAUCUUCCAAGGUCAAUCACCAGAAUCACAAUUGAAAGAAAUUGCAAAAUUAUUGGGUCCACCACCAAACACUUUUUUCUUUAAAAGUAACCCACAAUAUCGUGGUAACAUGUAUACCACAAAAUUAUUUAAUUGUACUAUAGAAGAAAGAUUUAAACAAAUUUUUAGUAAUUCUCCAGAUGAUGCCAUUGAUUUAUUAAUGAAAAUUUUAGUUUAUGAUCCAGAUACAAGAGCAAGUCCAAGAAGAGUGUUGGUUCAUCCAUUUUUCCGUGAAUUAAAAAGUGAAGAUUUUAAAGUGUACCCAAGAGGUUCUUCGGUCCCAAUUGAGUUGAAUUUGUUCAACUUUAGUGAUUUUGAGUUAGAUUUAUUGGGGUCAUUAAAAGAUGAGUUUAUAAAGAAAGGGUGA